AACCAUUUACUCAACUAAAGUCUGAGGGAAACCUUAGAAGUUUUGGCUGCACUGGGACAGCGUGUUAUAAAUCAAAGAUCGAUAUAUUGAUUGCAUUUUUCUUUCAUUAUUUCUCUGACUAAGCGAGCUGGUCAUUGGAAGUGGAUGAAGCAGGAAAUUAAUAAAGUCUACAUCAAUUAUUUCUCACUCUUUAUUUGCAGCCAACACACAAACCACAAACGACAUGCAAGCACAGACACACACCACCGUCGAUCGUCAUGGCUACAGUCUGCGCUUCUCACCCUUUGAGGCCAACUAUUUGCUGCUGGCUACCAGCCAAUUGUACGGUCUGGCCGGUGGUGGUUCGCUCUUUCUGCUUGCACAGAACAACCAAACAGAUGCUACUGCAGAGACGAAAAAAAAUCUCACAGAGCUAUGUCGACUGGAGUGGUCCGACGGACUGUUUGACGUUGCCUGGUGUCCGUAUGGAGCCGACAUAGCUGCCACAGCCUCUGGCGAUGGUUCGCUGCAGAUUUGGUCCGGCUUGGAUGCGGAGGCGGCGACGGCACAGCAGACACCGAAAGCACCGCUGAUCUGUUUGCAGGAGCACAAGAAUGAGAUCUACAGUUUGGAUUGGGGAGAGAAGUGGAACUAUCAUACUCUGCUCUCGGCCAGUUGGGACUGUACACUCAAGCUGUGGGACUGCAAUCGACAGCACUCCAUAACGACGUUUGUGGGACACAAUGAUUUGAUAUAUUGCGCAAAGUUUUCGCCACUCAUAGCGAAUCUCUUUGCGAGCGUAAGUACAGAUGGACAAUUAAACUUAUGGAAUUCUCUUGAUCUUGCAGGUAAACCACUGAUGAGCAUCGAGGCGGCCCAUGACAGCGAAGUGCUGGCCUGUGAUUGGAAUCAUUUCGAUCGCAAUCUGCUGGUGACUGGCGGCUCGGAUGGUCUGAUUCGUGGCUGGGAUCUGCGAAAGAUGCGGACGCAUGUCUUCGAGCUAUACUCUGGGGAUUUUGCAGUGCGACGCCUGGCCUGUUCGCCACAUUCGGCGUCUGUCUUAGCCUCGGCCAACUAUGACUUCACCACACGGAUUUGGAAUCUGGAGCAGGGAGAAGCUGCAAAGGAAAUCAAUGAACAGCAUACGGAGUUUGUAUGCGGACUCGAUUGGAAUCCACAUCGAGCACAUCAGCUAGCCGAUUGUGGCUGGGAUGCCAUUACCAACAUAUAUACGCCCAAAUGCCUAACGGAUGUGAUCUAAACUAGGUAUCUACGAGUAAAUGCGAGCGAUUCUAAUGCUUUCCAUGGGCCUUAAUCAACUGGAAGUAGAACUGCUAAUCUGUAACUGUUUGUGAAACUGGAAAUGGAAUGUGAUAAAGGCGCGUUUGGCGCCAAAAUAGCCAGGCCCUAAACCAAGUCCAUCAAGACGACAAUGAUAGCUGAGCUAUGCCGGGCCCACAAAGAAAAUGAAAAGAAACUCCCUCUAAGGAAACGACGACCUGUAAAUAGUGCAAGUGAAAGACAAAU